AUGUUUUGGCGACCUCGUCCCAAUAUCAAGUUGCGCGGGAAGACUUCUCGCCGUACGAUCACGGCCCUUUCGGCCCCUGGACAAACGGAGGUCGUUUCUCUUGGCCAGGACGUCCGAGCCAGAGCCAAGGCAUAUUCUGAUCCCGGCCCACAGGAGAGGCUCGCCGCAAUUGAUACCCAGCGCCCCGUCUCCCCCUCCCUAGUGGAUUCGUUCAACCGCCGGCAUGACUACCUACGGAUAUCUCUCACCGAGCGAUGCAAUCUCAGAUGUUUCUACUGCAUGCCGGGCGACGGCAUCGAGCUGUCUCCGCGCGAGCACAUUCUAACGGAUGAUGAGGUGAUCCGCCUUGCCACUUUAUUCGUCAAAAGCGGUGUCACCAAGAUCAGAUUAACCGGCGGCGAGCCUACUGUGCGCAAGGGGUUGGUCGACGUCGUGGCUCGUCUUAACGAAUUGCGUGGGCAUGGUCUCAAGUCAAUAGGCAUGACCUCCAACGGUAUCGCCCUGGAGCGUCGCUUGCCGACCCUGGUCGAGAAUGGUCUUACGCAUCUUAAUCUGAGUCUAGACACGCUGGACCCCUUCAAGUUUGAAAUCAUGACUCGCCGAAUGGGCCAUGACGCGGUGCUGCGCUCGCUACGAGCCGCACUCGCAUCAGGGUUGCGAUCGGUAAAGCUGAAUGUGGUAGUGGUCAAAGGCCUAAACGACGCCGAGGUUCUCGAUUUUCUAGAGUUGACGAAAGACCAGAAUUUGUCGGUUCGCUUCAUUGAAUUCAUGCCGUUCACAGGCAACAAAUGGGAUAAAGCGAAAAUGGUACCUUCGUCCGAACUACUGUCUCACAUCCAGAGACAGCACCCAAGCACGAUCAAGGCUCCUGACGAACUCAACGACACAGCGCGGUCUUACAUCACUCCCGGCUACAAAGGCAGUUUUGGUUUCAUCAGCAGCAUGUCCGAUCAUUUCUGUGGGUCAUGCAAUCGACUCCGUCUCACGGCCGACGGUCAGAUCAAGGUUUGCCUGUUUGACGCCAAGGAGAUAUCGCUGCGGGACCAAAUGCGCGAGGGAGCGACGGAUGAUGAACUUCUGAGGACGAUUGGGCACGCGGUGCGGGGAAAGCAGGAAAAGCACGCCGGGAUGGAGGAUAUUGACGUCGUCACCAAUCGGCCCAUGAUCCUCAUAGGAGCGCCACAGCUGACGCAUCUUGACGCGUCCGGACGCGCGUCGAUGGUGGACGUUUCUGACAAAGAACCGACUGCGCGCAGCGCAAUUGCGACCGGACGCAUCUACAUUCCAGAAGUCGCUUACGACCUCGUUACCAAGACAUACCCCACACCGCAUGCGAACGAUGCGAACGAUGCAAUCUCCGCAUUAGACAGGGCCAAGGCCAAGGCGCGAUCGAAGGGGGACGUGCUCACGGUGGCGCAGCUCGCCGCCAUCAUGGGGUGCAAGCGUACCUCCGAUCUAAUCCCACUCUGCCAUCCGUUGCCGCUCUCCCAUGUCGCCGUAGUCUUGCAGCCAGAAGUUCACCGAUCACCUUCCGGAUCCUCAGGGCGCGAAGCCGAGAGCAGCGGGAAUGUCAUCGGAGAUCGCGAUGUCAGAGCGUGCCGCCCGCGUGAGGCAGAGCGGCCGAUCUACAGUAUUGUCUGUCGCGCGGAGGUGUCAUGCCAGGGCAAGACUGGGGUAGAAAUGGAGGCCCUGACUGCAGUCUCGGUUGGCCUGUUAACCGUGUGGGACAUGCUGAAGGCUGUCGCUGGAAAAGAGAUGGUGAUAGGCGAUAUAGUGGUCUCUGAGAAGAUAGGGGGCAAGAGCGGAGAUUUCAGGCGGGCUUGA